AUGAUGUUCUCUGACGAUAUCAACUUUUUGUCUCAAUCGACCCAGUGCAUCCACAUGACCCGACUUAAAAACUAUUGGUCACGUCCUGUGUACACCUCCAUCGAUCAACAACACGGCCUCGUCCACAAGCAGCAGCUCACAGGCUAUUCAAAGCCGUCAGGCAACAAUAUCCGAUGGUUGGAGGUGCAACCUAAGAUCCCGGCGACACCGUUUGCCACCCCCGAGGGGUGCGGAUACAAGCGGGAACAUGACCAGUGGAUGCGCAUCUGGCCAGCACUUCUGGAAUUGCCUUACUUGCAGCGGUUCACUCUCUGGCUCGACCACAAAGAGGAGCUCAACUGGGAUGUGGUCGGCGAGAGGGAUACGUUGCAGAACUUAUCAGACAUAAUGCCCACUUUAAAGAGUCGCAACGUGCGAGUUAUCGUCAAGCUUCCUGAAGUAUGUGAUGAGGAGCUCAACACGGACGGCGAGCAUUUCAUCAAAGAGCUACCGGAGUUUGAACUCCAGAGACGUACGCAUCUCCCACUGGUUAAAAUCCCACAGAAUGGAGUAGGGGACUACGUGGUUAGCUGGAACCACAACAAGGACAAUGGGCAUGCGCCUCCUGAACUUCGUUACCUCCAGGAAAGCUAUUACGGUAUGCUCAAUAUUGAUGUGUUUCAUCUUUUGGAAUAUGAUCUGAACAGUUUCGAGUUCAGAGAGCAUCCUCUGUUGGGUCUAAUUUUUCAAAAUGACCAUGACCUCAUCCAAGCCCAAUACUGA